AUGACUUUUUUGUGUGCUUUUGUGGCCCUCCUGAGCCUCGCGGGCGUCACGAGUGGCCAACUGGCGUGGUCCCCCAUUAUGGUGGAGUCGGACAACCAAGUUGACCUGUUCACACGACAGGCCUCCGGCUGUCCGUGCCUCUGGCGCUCACAGCCAGAUUCCGCCGACACGGGAUGCGCCUGCUGCGUCCGCGGCGGAUGCCAGUGCGGAGAAAUCUCCACCGGAAGGUGUGUCCAAUGUGGCCUAGAGACCAACUGUCUCAACAUGUGCAACAUCACCCUCGACUCACGGGCGCUGCAGAACAGCAGCGGCCUCAGCUUCGGGCAGAUCAAGUCGCCCAUUCUCCAAGGCCCCGUCACCUGCAAGUACUAUCUGCGCCCCGUGGCGGGGCAGCGGGUGGAGCUGCAGGUGUACCGACUCGUGUCCGUGGGGCGCUUCACGGGGAGCCGCUGCGAGGGUGGAUCCCUGCACUUCGGGGAGUCCAUAGGCGGCACGGAGACCAGCCGGAGUGCUGAACUCUGUGGCGCCAACGAGCGGUAUUCGCCACCGGCCGUUCUCUUCUCCGAUGACGGAGCCACGACGCUCAUAUUCGAGAUCACCGAGAAGACGGUGAGGUCCCAGUUCCUGGCAUUCUUCAGCUUUACGUCCCUCAGCAAUCCUGUUGUGGGAUUCCAUCCGCGCGGCGGCACGAGAGUCACCUCGUCGGAAUGCGACUGGUCGUAUCACGAUGUCGCCUGCCUGACGCCGAGCUCGUGUGCCAUCGCCAGUCCAGGAUUCCCGGGAAUUUAUCCACCAGACAUGCUCUGUCGCUACCAUAUUGUCUCAUCCUCAGUGCACACAAAGGUCAAAAUCACCUUCACGUCGCUUCUGCUGCCCGAGAACUCUUGCGAAACACACCACUUGGCUCUCUAUCUGGGCAGCGUGGCUGAGGAGAAUCGCCUGGCGAAAAUCUGUGGCUCUGAGAAGAGAGAUCUGAUGUUCACCGGGCCAACACUCAUUCUGGUCUUCAGUGCUGGCAAUCAGAUUCCACCCUUUGACUACAACGGAUUCGCUGCAUCUCUGGAAUUCAUUGCUGCUCCUCAGACCACCACGACUCCCAUGCCACCGCCUGUGGUGCAUCCGCCUGUGUGGAAUCCGGCAAGUGGCCAGGAACCGCCAGGAGGUAUGUCGUGGUCUGGAUCGACGCCCAAGUUCACGCCCUGCGACAAAGUCAUCACAGAAUCGAAUGGGCGGUCAGGACACUUUGACACCAGAGGAAGACCUUUCGCGAACAACUGCAGGCUGAUCUUCAAGGGACGCUCCACGGAUAUUGUUCACAUUUCCCUAUUCAACUACCGGCUAAAGGCUCCGUCUUGUCGAUCUGUGAUCGAGAUCAUGGACGGAUCUUACGAUAGUCACAGGCGAUCCCUGCACAAAACCUGCUCGCCGUCAGUGAGACACGCUCGAGACUCAAAUGGCAUAUUCGUUCCGCCGCAAACCUUCAUCUCGUCUGGACCGCAGAUCAUCAUUGCGCUGAGAAGAUCCGCAGCGGCUGCAGAUCCCAACGAUGUGGAGUUCAUUGACGGCGCUUACAUGUUCCACGACGAGGAGCAAAGUGGGACUCUCCAGCCUGCCUCCCUGUGCGAUUCACAUCACUACGGCAUGAGCAGUCCGGAAUCUGGGACGGUGAGUGGACUGGGAAAUGAGCAUCUGUACUGGAAUGUGGAGGGAUCUCUCUCGUGUGCGCAUCACUUCAUCCCAGGAGCUAAUCAGAGUGUUACAGUGACGAUUGAGAGCCUUGAGAGGAUGAGUCUGAAGCCGCCUUGUGAGACUCUCUGCGGCGACAGUGGGUGUCACUGUAUCACGAGUGUGGCUCCUCUUGAAGAGAUUGACCAUCUCAAGCUUGUGGGUGAGGACGACCAGACGCUGAGUUGUCUCUGUGGCUCCUUUCGCUCAGAAUGGUUUCCCAUCUCACUUCGCACGUGGUCGCCGGUAAAGCUGGUGUACUCCGUCGCCCAGUACUCGUGGAACACCAAAGGGUUCCCCUUCAGGGCGACCUACACGUUCAACAAUGACGCCAUGUGUGGCCAGCGCACCUUCACCACCCACUCUGGCGAGCUCCACUCCCGCAAUUUUGCCGGGGUACCCUUUUCGCUCAAUUCCUUCUACCAUCAGCAGUGUACCUGGAUUCUGGACUCCAACGUGGAGCGACAGCUCUUCGUAGAGAUCACAUCAGAGCAGAGUCGCCCGUGCGGGGCGUGGAAUAUCAGUUUGCAUGAGUUUUCGCCCGCCGAAGAGGAGAACAAUCACGCCGGAGCGCUUCUCGAGCAAUUCUGCCCACGAGACAAGCACAAAGUCUUCACAAUGCCCUGGAAAUCCAGCACGGUGGUGGUCGUGAGGGUUCAAGCAAUGACACGAACGCCGCCAGUGUACGUGGUGCGAUGGCGAUCUCAGGUGGUUCGCAAUACGAGACUCGGCCCUCCAACUGCGGCGCCCAAUAAGACUUCGAAAGCUCAGCGGAUAGGCGGCAAAAUCAUCGAGAUUGCUGCUUGUGUCUUUGUCCACGUACUUCUCAAGCGCCAAUUAAUUUUUUAAGGACACCAUCAUCACCCUUUUUGCGUUUUGUCACACACCUUGGACAGGUUCAAGUCUAGUGAAAUUUACAAAGACCCCUUUCACGAGAGAACUUCACACACUUUAGGACUAUAAGAUGCAGAACCUCAUUGAAUAACACUUUACGAGAGAAGGAGCAACAAUAGGGAGAACUGUAGUCUAUUUUGUAGUGGUGAAUGGUGAGAGGCAAGCACACCGGCAAGGAGGUAAUUUAGCAUUAAUCAGGGGAUGAUGGGACGGAGCCAGAUAAUGUCUUGCGUUUUAAAGUGUAGGAAAGUGACAUAAAAAGCCAUAGUGUUGUGUGAGAAUUUCCCUGCUGCUAGUUGGUGGUUUUUCCUCUGUGUCUCUCCCAAAAAGAGAGAUUGGAAAAUUAGCGUGUCCCUCCGACAAGGAAAGAGAACAAUAUUUUGUGUAAAUUCCUUCCUCGGAAGAGAAGUAAAAGCAAGAAAAAAUCGUGAAAACCACCUUCAUAUCUCAACGUCCAGACUGCAAGUAAUUUGCAAGAAAAAAAAGAAUAACUUAAAGGGAGUAAUAAACUAAAUAGAUUAGAUGAGCAAAAAGUAACUUUAAAGAAAGGUAAGAAGAGAAAACAAUGUAACAAUUAGAGAAGCACUCGAUGUUUUAAGAGACACGCAAAGCGACAAAGAGAAUCCUUGUG